CGUCAACAAACAACGUGAAAUUCCGAAAUUCAAAACAGCAACUAAAUAACUUCAAACAAACAUUAAAAAAUGAAAUUUCUGAACAAGCAGUAAGCAAUGAAGUUUUGGACGUCUGUCGCGAUUAUUUUAAUUAUUUACAUGAUUUACAAAGAACACCAGAGAAGCAAAUUCAACGGAUCAUAACCUCCAAAAAACCCAAGCCUUCAAGGAAUUUGAUCAAAAAAAGGCGCGAUGCGUGUCAGGUCGGUCGGUCAGGGUCAGAUCGCGAUCGUUGUGUGCUGUUGUGUAUUUCCAAAGUGAUUCUUUUCAUAUUUAAUUCUUAUUGUAUAACCCAAUUAUUUAUUGUGUUCUGCACUUUCUUGUUUAUCUCAUCGGUUCGAUUUUCGACUAAGAUUCCUGGAGGCGAGGACGGAUUCGAGAAUUGGUCUCUAGUCACAUCAAGUCACUGACAUUUAAAGUUCCCAAUUUUGCGUGAUGUCCCUCACAAUCAAAAGCGAAGAAAUUAAAAACGAGGAAAUUAAAAGUGAGAAAUUUGAGGGCAAGUCCUCGACCCCAGAACCGAUGGACGACGAAACCGAUGCACUUUUCAAUGAGGUUUGCACGAAUACCUUAGCAGUGACAAAAAAAGAAUUCAAAAAGGAAACUGCCACAGAGGAGCCGAGACACUUCCAAGAAGAUGGUAAAAGAAAAUUGGACGAAGCCUACGACCUUUGUUCUGACAUAAAGACUGAAAACAAAACAAAUGCAACAACAGAAGAAAAUGUAGCGAUUAACGGAAAGUGGUAUGAUGAUGACGAUUACCAGUCUAUGCCUAAAAAAAUACGAGAAAGUUGCAACAAUGCUCAAAGCGAGCAGGAACAAAGGCCGAGGAAAACCAGCGCAUCGAGUAGUAGCACAGCUUCUUCAGGAAAUCACAAUCAAAAUCCAAGAAGGCCCAUCGAGUAUGAAACUAAGCCUGACUUGCUCGCACGCAGACAAAAAGACAUCGAUUAUGGCAAAAAUACUAUAGGCUACGACAGAUACAUUCAACAGGUUCCCAAAGAAAAACGCACCAAGGAUCAUCCCAGAACUCCUCCGAUGCACCUAAAAUACACAAGGAGAGGUUGGGACGGUAUGGUGAAAUUAUGGCGAAAACAGCUCCACAUCUGGGACCCACCCAAAGAAAAUUCCGAUGAUGACGAAUUUUUUAAGGAAGAUGAGUCAGGCGAUGAAAACGGCGAUUGUAUUCCGUAAUACAAGUUUACGUUCUGUUUUUUAGACCUAGUUUUCUCAUUGAAGUAAAUUAUGAUUGAAAAUGCUUAAACGCUAGAAAAAAUGCAAUUGAACGCAAUUGAAGAAUGUGGAAACUUUUAGUGUACCAAAUGUGUAAGCUUCGUUUUAAUUAUAAGUAUCUUUAAGUAUUAUGCGAAUUUUUCUAAAGCGGAUUCAAUACAUUUUCAUACGUUUAUGAAAUAGAUGUUAAUUCGUAAAUUCGCAA